CGGGUGACGCCAGAAGGUGGGUGGGGGUGAUCUUGUUCUGGGGGAGUACUCAGUACCGGUUUGUAACUCUGGGAACAUGGCGGCGCAGAUCCAGAGGCCCGUUAAAGGCAUUCUAAAGAAUAAAGGUUCUGAGAGGCACGGGGUGUGUGUCAUUAGUAAGCCAGAGGCGGCUUCAGACCGGGACGAAGAUCAGAGUAAAAAGUCCCAAAAAUGGGAUGAAAUGAAUAUUCUUGCUACUUAUCACCCUUCUGACAAAGACUAUGGGUUAAUGAAAAUAGAUGAACCCAGCACCCCAUAUCACAGGAUGAUUGGAGAUGAUGAUGAAGGAGCAAUGAGUGAUUCGGAAUCAAAUGAAGACCUAACUGCAGAUGUUCUAGCGGAAAAAUUAGCAGCAGCAGAAGGAACAGAUCCUAAAUUCUUGGCUCAGAGUGACAGCAGCGAUGAGGAGGAGGAGGAGGAGCUGACACCAGAGGAAAGAGAAAAAAGAAAGGAAUUUGAAACGAAAAGAAAACAUCAUUAUAAUGAAGGCAUGAAUAUUAAACUGGCCAGGCAGCUGAUUGCAAAGGAACUGGCUGGGGAAAUUGAUGAGGAUGAAGAUGAAGAGAUGCAAGAUAUCAUAGACCGAAGCUCAUCCUGACCAGCUGUGGCUCAAUCAUCUAAGUGGAAUGAUUACAUUGCUUGCUGAAGGCCUUUUUAUUGGCACACCAGUGCACUGAUUUGCAAAUUGGACUCAAAUGAAGCAUAGAGAAAAAAAAUUGCCAAUGUUGUCAGACUCUUUAAUUCAGCAACCAUUUCUUUUCCAUUACUGAUUCAAUGGUUCGUCUGGCAUAUACUGCCCAAGAAAUCAUAAAGUAUUAUGGUUAAAAGAACUAGUUUGCAAACGCAGAGUUACUAUACACACUAUUAUUUUCCAUUUAAAUAAUAAUAUUUGGUGUAUGUUGGCCAGUUGGUU